UCGAAUUACCGUAGCAUUGGGUAGAUCAGUACAAUCGUUAAAAUAAUCGCUGGUACAAAACGCAGAACACUGUCCUUGUUUAGUGUCCUACCAGAAAGUUUUUCGUGCGAACGGAAGAAAUGUGAAAAUGUACCCCCGGUGGUUGCUGCCGCUGAUAAAUUGUUGCUUCCUGCUGGCGGUUUUGUCCGAGGUCCAAGGUCAAGCCCAGCAUUGCACCGAGAAACCUUGGGAGAUAGUUCACCGUAAGCUCGCCACCAAAACACCAUACCGCCACAUACUGCGCGAUGACGAACUGAAACCCCUACAUUUAGAUGGGUGUCGAGUUAGCCGGGUGUGGGGACUGUUCCGUCAUGGAACCCGAAAUCCUUCGGCCAAAGUCAUUGAACGGAUGAAUAGCGAUUUACCGCAAAUAAAGGACGAAAUAUUGCAGCAUGGACGGCUUUGUCGGAAGGAGCUGGCGCUAUUUGAACGAUGGCAACCUCGUUUAAGGAAUCCCGAAGAGGAGAAGCUACUGGUGGACGAGGGGGCCGACGAACUAGAACAUAUUGGACGGAGGUUUAGACAGCGAUAUCGCGAUUCUUUGCCGGAGGUUUAUAAUAAAAAGGAUUAUUUUUUCAAAUUUACCAAAACCGAACGGGCAGAGAACAGUGCCAAGAAUUUUAGCAUUGGUUUGUUUGGACGGCAGGAGGACAUUGAGUUCCCUGAGGCUCUUCACAAGGACCCAAUACUGCGAUUCUAUAAAUUAUGCGAGCGCUGGAGGCUUAAUAUUAAGAAAAAUCCGGACGCUGUGCGGGAGGUAGAUUUGUUUUACGACAGCAAGGUCAUGAAAGAAGUGAUAUCAAAGAUAUCGAAAAAGGUCGGUACAUUCGUUGAUGCCGAGAGCAUUCAUUUGAUGUAUCAAACAUGUGCGUUCGAAACAGCCUGGACCAAAAAAUAUGUUUCGCCCUGGUGUUUCUUGUUUGAUAAAGCUUCUAUAAAGGCGCUCGAGUUUGGCGAGGAUUUGGAAUACUACAUGAUCGACGGCUAUGGCUACGAGCUAACGUACAAACAGGCUUGUAACGCUUUCACGGAUUUAUUCAAACGGUUCGACGGAGAACUGGAACCGUUUACGUUCUACUUCACGCACUCUGGAACGCUGCUGAAGGCGUUGGCUUUCCUAGGACUAUACCGUGACGAUUUCCGCUUAACCCAUCGGGACUUCGAACGUCGAAGACAAUGGCGGGUUAGCGAAAUCGAUGCCUUUGCUAGUAAUUUAGUGUUCACAAAAUAUGAAUGUACAAAUGGUUCACAAGUGCUUCUGACCCACCAGGAAAAACCGAUCCACAUUCCCGGGUGUCCACGGGAUAGCCUGUUGUGCGAUUACAACCUUUUCAAGGAAUCAUUUAGCGAAAGAAUUGAAACUUGUGCUUUUGAGGCCAUGUGUUUACUGAACGUGCCUAUAAACGAUGAGUUGUAAAAUUGGCUGUUUGAAUAUGAGUAAUGGUACCACUAUAAUUGAGGCUAUUGGUAUUAUAGGUAUCCUGACGAGUGACGAGAACACAGGAGAUUUGAUUUAUAUCUAGCUAAACCAGCAGUGCUUCAACAUUUUGAAUUUGCAAUAUAGGAGAAGAAAUCUUUAUACGCUUUAUAUGGAAAAUAUAUUAACGAAAUCGGUUGCUUAUUUAACAUA